AUGUACCGUGGUUCCGAUUAUUCAGAUGGGAAAAAGUACCUGAAGUUAGGAAAAAAGAUGAAGAUUCAUUCCAUGGACCAAGGAGCAGAGCACAUGCUGGUUCUGUCCUCAGAUGGAAAAGCCUUUGAGUACCGCUAUAGCAUGGAACCUGCACGGUUUCAAAACAUUUUACAAGAAAAAAAUGUAAUUCAUGUUGCAUGUGGAGAUUAUCAUUCUCUUGCACUCUCAAAAGGUGGUGAACUCUUUGCCUGGGGACAGAACUUACGAGGACAGCUUGGAGUUGGAAGGAAGUUUCCCUCAACCCCCACGCCACAGGCUGUGCAGAGCCUCACAGGAGUCCCCUUGGUUCAGAUUUCUGCAGGAGGAGCCCACAGCGUGGCCUUAUCCAUGUCUGGAAACGCCUACUCAUGGGGGGAAAAUGAUUGUGGACAACUAGGCCUGGGCCACACCAAGAAUACAGAUUCUCCUUCCCUUGUUGAAGUACCAGACCAUCAGAAAGUUGAGUUUCUGGCUUGUGGUGGUGCUCACACUGCCCUGGUCACACAGGACGGGCUCAUGUUCACUUUUGGUGCCGGAAAAUACGGGCAACUCGGCCACAAUUCAACAGAGAAUGAACUAAGACCCCGUUUGGUGACUGAACUCAGUGGAAAUAGAGUGACUCAGAUAGCAUGUGGAAGGUGGCACACGCUUGCCUAUGUGUCCGAUUUGGGCAAGGUCUUUUCCUUUGGUUUUGGAGAAGAGGGACAAUUAGGAAAUAAUGGAAAACAUAAUCAGCUGAUACCACUGCCCAUGAAAUCAACAUCAAAUGAAGAUCUGCAAUUUGAAAGCCAUCACUCACAAAAGGAAUUGCUAAUGAUUGCUGGAGGGAAUCAGAGCAUUUUGCUCUGGGUGAAUAAAGAGAAUUCCUAUGUUAAUCUGAGGAGGAAAAUUCUUACACUGAAUGAAGGGACUGUAAAGAGAUGGAUUAAUGGCGUGGGAACAAAACAGUGGCAGAAUACCAAAAGGGAAAUCCGAGAGAUUUUUUCAUCUGCUGCUUGUCUGACUGGAAGUUUCUUAAAGGAAAGAGGAACUGGAGAAACAAUUUCCAUUGAUGUGGAUUUACAGAUGGCAAGAGAUACCUUCAAGAAGUUAAUGGAGGAGGAAUGGAUUUCUUCCAUGAUAGUUACAUGUCUGGAGUCCAGUCUGCUCAGAGCUCUUCCAUGCCAUUCGCCACACCAAGAAGCUCUGUCCGUUUUUCUCCUGCUCCCAGAAUGUCCUGCAAUGCACGAUUCUAGCAACUGGAGGAGCCUGGUGAUCCCGUUUGCACAGGCAGUUUGUAAAAUGAGUGACAAAUCUUCACAAGUCCUGAAAAAGUGUUGGGCAUCUUUGGAAGCAGCUUCUCUGAACACAGUGGUCCAGAUGCUUAAAACAGCCAUCAUCUCUGAACUGCCUUACCUGCCCACAGAAUUUCAGAGUUACAGUAAUAUUAAAACUCUUCUAGAGAUAAUGAAAGAAGUGCAUGAGGUAAACAAAGCUAACUGUCAUCUACCAGAAGAUAUUUUCAACAUAGAUGAGCUGUCUGACCUGUUGAAUAUUUCUAUAGAAAAAGAAACACUGUUCUUUUGGUCUUUCAACCAGGUAUUUGAUGAACACCCCAGUCUUGUUAUUUUCAGUCAUUUUCCAUUUGUUUGUAAUUUACAAUGCAAAAUUAAGUUGUUACAAGCUGAUUCAUCUAUAAAAAUGCAGAGGUCAGCAGCAAAGGUAAAGAUCCAUAUGAUGGUGGAAGAAAAAGUUGAAUCACCUAUAUUAGUGCUGAGAAUAAGGCGAAAUCACAUAGUAGAAGAUGCCCUACAUCAGUUAAGCCAAGUUGAAGACACCGACCUUUGGAAGGCAUUAGUGGUUGAAUUUAUCAAAGAAAUUCGUCCUGAGUGUGGAGGAGUCACUUCCGAGUUCUUCCAUUGUGUGUUUGAAGAGAUGACCCAGCCAAAAUAUGGAAUGUUCAUGUAUCCUGAAGAGGGUUCCUACAUGUGGUUCCCUGUCAAUGCUAAAUUAAAGAAUAGAUAUUUCCUCUUUGGGAUGCUCUGUGGACUCUCCCUAUUCAAUUCCAAGGUUGCCAAUAUUCCUUUCCCACUGGCUUUGUAUAAGAAACUUCUGGAUCAGAAGCCAACUUUGGAAGAUUUAAAAGAACUCAGUCCUGUUUUGGGGAAGAGUUUGCAAGAAAUUCUAAAUGAUGAAGAUGAUGACCUUGAAGAACUUGACAUGUAUUUCUCUAUACCUUGGGAUCAAAAUGAUGUUGAUUUAAUUCCAGAUGGGAUCUCUGUACCUGUGGACCAAACCAACAAGAGAGAUUAUGUUUCUAAGUGUGUUGACUACAUUUUCAACAUCUCCAUAAAGGCAGUUUAUGAGGAAUUUCAUAAAGGAUUUUAUAGAGUCUUUGACCAAGAGAUGAUUAAAUGUUUCCAGCCUAAAGAACUUAUGGCAGCAGUAAUUGGGAGUACUGAUUAUGACUGGGAAGACUUCGAAAAGAAUUCAAAGUAUGAAGAAGGAUACUACAUAUCACAUCCUACUAUACUGAUGUUCUGGAAGGCUUUCCACAAGUUAACUUUGGAUGAAAAGAAAAAAUUCCUCCUAUUUCUUACAGGGUGUGAUAGUCUCCAUAUAAGGGGCAUCCAGAGGAGAGGAAUAGUAUUCUGCUGUCCCAAAACUUCCAGUGAAAAAGAUCACCCAAGGUCAUUGACGUGUCACAGUAUUCUGUAUCUGCCUAAAUAUUCCACAAUGGAAAGAAUGGAGGAAGCCCUUUGCACGGCCAUCCACAACCACAGAGGCUUUGCGUCAGCUGAGGUCCUACUGCCAUGACCACUUCCCAGGGACUCAGGAAGGCCUCAGUGCUCAGUCUCUUGGCCCUGGGUUCUUCUGUUUCUGUUCACAGCUAAUCCAUGUAAGAAGUUGACACUUUUUAGUUAUCGUUAUUUGGACUUGCUGAUAAUAAAGUUGAGGCACAAAUAAUAUUUAUAGUGGCAUGAAUUAUUUAUAACAUUUUUUAUAUCCCUAACCACAUUAUUAGAAUGUUUGCUUUUACUGAAUUAU